CCUCGCGGCGCGCCACAUUCUUGAACUCUGUUCCAGCUUCAUAUACCGUCACGCUCAGCUGGGGCAAACUGUGCAAUAAAUCAGCGCUGCUGCUGCUUACGGAAGCCGAAUCCGGCAGUGGUCCGGGGCCCUUCCAGUUGGCAGGAGUUGAAUGAAUGCGAUUCUGGGAGUGCUUUUAUAAAUAAAGUGGUGACGUGCACUGUGCGUGAGGCAGGUUCUAACAGGUAAAAUCCGUGAUUUUGGGUUUUGGUCGUCAAUAAAGGUGUGAAUCAACGCUAUUCAAUUGUACUCAGCGUCGUCGAUUUGUGAGACUUGGCCGUUGGAAGGCGGGGCAGUUGGGGUGAGAAAUCACACACUUCGAUAAACAAACAAGCGGCGGGAAAACGAAAUUUGUGCGAACAGGCCCAAAGCAUCGGGGGGUGCAAUUUGGUAAUCUGUGGUGAAUGAGCUAUUCUAAUAUCAACAACAAUCGCGAAACGAGCGAAUAAACAAAUAAAUAAAGCAACAUCCAGUGAAACACAAUACACGGAGCUUGCCGGCUAUUGGUACAGUGCGGUGGUUCUACAUGAGUGCGAAGCAGUCCCAGUGGAAUGGAAGAAAAAUGUUGAUUGGUGAUUGAGUAAAUUGAACGGUGGAAUGUGACACCUGUUUGGAAGUGAUCUAUCGGAGAUAGCAUCGUUCAGUUAGUGCGGCUUCUGUUUACCCCGGUGAAACAGGAAUAACCUUCGGGAAAUUGCUUAGAAUAGUUUACUCUGACUGUACACAUGCGACACUUACUAAAGAUGGAUUAGUGGUUUACUGGGGCGGAAGAUACAUUUUUUGAAUGGACACAAGUGUUUUGUUUGCCCAUAUCCGCAUCGAACAACCAGCAACUGCAGUACUUGAAUCGGCCACACAUACGAUGGUGCAUUAUCCGCCCGCUAGCGCCAACAAAGCCAUGCCACUGAGUUACCGCUAAGAUGGAAAACCGCGUCGACGAUCGAUGCGCCGCCCUAUUGCUUCAACUCAGUGCCGACGACGGAGAUUACUCUCAGCAGCAGCAGCAGCAGACACAGCUUCCCGAGCUCGGCGUGAACUCCAGUGCGGCAACCUUUCAACCAUUGCUUCUGCUGCCCACCAUCACAACGAAGCUGUCGAAAUUUUUGUCAGAUCUCGUCAGUUCGGGUGGAUCAGCGGGACCGACCAGUUUCGUCAAUUUCAGUGCAUUGUUAUCGUUCAACUACAGCGGCGGUGGCUACAACAACAGCGGCGGCAAUCUCUCUAUUGGUAGUGGUGGGGAUAGUGCAAUAUCAAACUCCAUAGCGGUGGCGUUGGAGCCACUGCAAAACACUUCCUCCGAUGGAAGGUUUAACUGCGACGGUCGGAACCUGGCGGAACUUGCAACGAGUGCAAUCGGAAGUGCGACCGGUAACGGUGCAAGUGGUGAUGGAUUCGGCGCGCAACUGGAAGUUUCGAAAGCGUUCGACGGUGUUGGGGAAAGGGGCGGUGGUGGAGGUGGCGCCGGCCAUACGGUUGGGAUCGAAAUCGGGGACGGUGCGGCAACGCAGUUGUUGAUUGACAACUGGCAGGACUGCGUCAUUGUGAUAUUAUUUUGCUUACUGAUCGUAGUGACUGUGAUCGGCAAUACGCUAGUGAUCUUAUCGGUAAUUACCACUCGGCGGUUGCGGACCGUGACCAACUGCUUCGUCAUGAGCCUGGCCGUGGCCGAUUGGUUGGUCGGGAUCUUCGUGAUGCCCCCGGCAGUCGCGGUUCAUUUGUUAGGAUCGUGGCCGCUCGGAUGGAUACUGUGUGAUAUAUGGAUCUCAUUAGAUGUUCUACUGUGUACGGCGUCAAUCCUUAGCUUAUGUGCAAUUAGUAUAGAUAGAUAUCUAGCGGUAACGCAACCGCUUAAUUACUCCCGUCGACGACGCUCGAAACGGCUGGCCCUUCUGAUGAUACUGGUUGUCUGGGUGCUUGCGCUGGCCAUAACAUGUCCACCCAUCCUCGGCUGGUACGAACCGGGCCGCCGGGAGCUGACCCAGUGUCGGUACAACCAGAACGAGGGCUACGUCGUCUUUUCGGCGAUGGGAUCCUUCUUCAUUCCGAUGGCCGUCAUGAUCUACGUGUACGUGCGGAUAUCCUGCGUGGUGGCGUCGCGCCACGACAAAAUGACCGAAAUCGAAGUGCACAAGAAAAGCCACCGAGCGCGUGAUGUUGACGAAGCAUGCUACCAUUACGCUUCGGAGAUGGAUCCGGCCCAGUUGAGUCCCAAACGAAAACGGUCCUCGUCACAGCUGUCAACCGGAACCACAACUUACGUAACACAACUAACCGGAGGAGGCGUAGGGUCGUCUAGCUUUACCGCCCUGAGUGGGGACUGCACCGGAGGGGAUUGUCCUAAGCUCGGGGGCGGCACCAGAAAGAAUCACAAGAAUGGCCAUUAUGAGCUUGUCGACAUUAAUUCAAUGUCCAAACCCACAACUUCGUUCGUCGGCAACGGAGGAGGCAGCGUCGACGUCGAUGAUGACAAUAUGCCCCCGGGCUGCCAUCAACAGUCACCGGGGGCCACCGGGGGCAUGAAGCGCAACUCCACCAUCCACUACAAACUGGCCUCCUCGACGGAGCUCUGGUCAUCGAGCAACAACGUUUUCAAUCAACAGCAGAAACCGCAAAUGGCAAAUCAAUCGGGCGGCCUCCGGCGUACCAAUACCAUUAGUAACUCAAUUACGGCAUCGACCGCGACGGGCUCAGCGUCGGCAGUAGUGGCCGGACGCAACAUACGGAUCCAUCAGAAGUCACUUUCGUCACGAAUCCUCUCGAUGAAGCGCGAGAACAAAACAACCCAAACGCUCAGCAUCGUGGUCGGUGGCUUCAUCGCGUGCUGGCUGCCGUUCUUCAUCCAUUAUAUCAUAACGCCGUUCCUGCCUAAUGAGCUGGCGGCCCCCAAACUGGGGGAGUUUUUCACCUGGCUCGGCUGGAUCAACAGUGCCAUCAAUCCGUUCAUCUAUGCGUUCUACAGCGUGGACUUCCGAGCGGCUUUCUGGCGCUUGACCUUGCGCCGGUUUUUUCGCAACAGCGAGAAAGCACCAUUUGCCAACAUUCACAACAUGUCAAUGCGGAGAUAAGCUCCGACCGCAUCCUAUUUCCUAUACCUGUUGCUAGGAUGUGAGGAUAGCACCGAGUACGUCAUAUUAGUGGAACCAGACCAGUCAGUACCUAGUGGAGUGGGAGUGAAAAACUUGCAAUUUCUGUUGUGUGGGUGUACGUGUGGUUACGGGGUGUGGUUUCACACGGAUGAUGCCGCACCACCGUUUGGGGGGUUGACCCUUUGUCAACGCUUCAUCGGAUGACAUACUGCUGUUAUUAUGUUUCGUAAGUGGGUGCGAAGUUCAGUUCAGAGAAAGACUUUUUGAUUUUAUCCUUCUGCUAUUGAAAUGGUAGGUCCCAUAGUCAUGGUGUCACAGUUUUGACACGAAAUUUGGCAUUUACACAAGGAUGUAGUAGCUUUUGCCGCAUUGUGCUCCUCUUUUGAGUAAUUAUAUUUUUGGCGUUGAACGCUUUCUUUCACCUUUAAACGCACUCCAAUAACAAAUAUGCAGCAUUGAAACAUUGCUUGAAAUAUAAGUGUUAUAUUUGAAAUGCAAACCUAAUUGACAUUUUUGUUUUGUUUUUGAAGUUCUACCAUGCAAGACCGAUAUUUGAUUAAGUUUGGAAAGUGUUUAUCAGUACAUGUAUAUUGUGUAAUAAUGAAAUGAAGCACUUUCCAACGUACAUCUUUUAUCGCACAAUACUAAGCGCUUUGUCAAAAAGUAACAAUAAUCGUAGGUUUUAUCUGGUCAGCAAACUGAAAAAAUAAAACAAGCAUC